GUCUGGUGACGACGGUGCUUCAGGUUUCCUCAGUGCAAAGCUAAUAAUCCUAGAAAUCAGCAGUGUGUGUGACACACAUCCACUCUCUUUCUGCCUCUCUUCAUCAUACACGCCCAGGAGGAUGAACAAACCCGUUAGAGAAGAUGAAAACUGCACUUAAUUCUACUUUUUAAACUCUUUUCUUUUCUGUGUGAGAAUGCUCGGCUAAUGUGAUGGUAACGUGGCUCAUCAACGCCGGGGGAUUUUCAGGAACUUUUUUCACCUCGGUUGCUCCGGUUCUAAUGCUUUCAUUAUUUAGAGUUGUCUUUAAAAAAGCCAAUAAUUGUCUAACAUAGCUCUUUUUAUGUAUAACAUUAAGUAUAAAUAUAUGUUUUUUUAAAUCUCCAAUAUUUAAAAUAAUUUAAGCUGUUUGUGUCCGAUAAGAGACAAUUUAAAUUAUCCGGUUUAAAAUCUCGCAGAUUCAUUCACGGGCGGUUUACUGUGCACUGGCAUGUUUUAAAAAACGUUGCUUAGUAUGUAAGUAGUUGUUCAUAUGCUCUUGUAAUUUUAACAUCUGAUUUAAUAAUAGUAUUUUGUGUUAAAAUCUAUUUAUCUUACGCUGUCGGGCUGGUAAAAGAGAAAUUUACGAGCCUCAGUCCAGCCUUCGCGUGUUUCCACCCACCCUUCUGAACUUUCAUUUUUCGCUGUUUGUGAAGGGGUUUUAUUAGUCAAUACUAGGAAGGAAACUGUCGUUAUUGUGUUGGGAUGCGGAAGGUAGAGGUGCAGGGCCGAUGGUAAACAUGUUUAGGGUUUGAAGUGAAUUGCUUCGUGAUCAUGUCGUCUAUGGAGGGUGUUUUCUCCUGGGUGGGUGACUGGCAGUGGCUCUGCAUGGUCACUCUCUUUCUGGCCUCUGUUGUCACUUUGAUUAUAUACUUGGUGCUGUAUUUUUCCAACGAACCUCCUGUUGAGAAAACACCUCUCAGUCGUGUGGAUUCGGAAGAGGCUGAUGGGAUUUUAUGCUGGGUGCUCUCUCUGAAAAACUGGAAGAGUCAGUGGAGACGAGCCUGGUUAAGGAGCCUCAGUGAAGAAGCUAGGAGAUCACAGAGCGGGAUUCAGCUAACAUUUGAAGAAGAUGGUGUUCAGUCAUCAGAACUGGCUGUGGACAAGGUUUCAAGCUUUACAAAAACACCCGGUCAAAAGAAUGUCCUGUGUCAGGUGGUCGGAAACAAGCUGCAGUUUUCUCUCAGUGCUUUGCCGAGCUCAGCGUCUUCAAAAACCCCCCUGAGAUACAGUGUGAAGAUAUCUCCACUUCGUCUCCAGCUGGCCCUACGGAUGAAAGAAGUGGACAAGGAGGUGGAGAUUUCCUGGAGGACGCUUCACCUGAACUCUGUAGAUUUGGAGCUGACACCAAGUUUUGUGCAGGGAGAUUGUGAAAGUCUAAGUGAAGCCGCUGUGAAAGACAUGCUCAGACAGGUCUUGAGUCGAGCUCAAGCGUCUGUAACUUUGAGCAGCCGGUCUGCAGAUUCUGCAGAAGUCAAGGAAGUAAGGAACAAGACCUCGCAGGUGACCUUACCCCCAAAGCCCCCGCGAGCUCAUGAGUGGAAACUAUUAGUGAAGAACAUCCGGGUCACAUGCAAACAGGAGGAUGGUGCUGCAGGCGGCAUGGAUCCCCAGUGUAUCCUCCAAUUGGAUGAUCCUCCUCAGAAGGUCACCAGUUCAGUCUUGACUAACACAUGCACCCCAGCUUGGUCUCCUAAACCACGAAAUCAAAAUCUAUUAAACGGUUUUCAUAUUUUAAAAAUCCCUCUUACAGAAUCCAAAUCGCCUUCUAAAAACAAGCUGGCGGAGAGAAGGGUGUCGGAGCAGACAUCAUUACUUGGAGCCAAAGUUAGCAAAGCCCUGUCAUCAUCAGAUACAGAGUUAUUGAUCUUAAACGGGACCGACCCUGUAGCCGAGGCUGCCAUCAGACAGCUUCAUGAGUCGGCAAAACAGAAGCUUAAAUCUCCUGUCAAAAAGAGCACCAUCAUCAUCUCAGGAGUGGCCAAGGCCCCUCUGACACAGGAUGAGGAGAUGAGUCUGAUGGCAGGAUAUGCAGCUGCGAUGGACGCUUCAAUGUCCGGAGCAUCAGAGGGCACCAGCAGCGAAGUGUUUCCAUCAGAAACCGUGGCAGAACCCAGUGUUCUCGAACCCAUGGAGUCUCUGGCUGGUGCGAAUGGCACAGACCACAUGGAGGACUUGGAGAGCCAGGCCGGAGAGGACCCAGAUGAAGAUAAAAUGUCUCUGUCCCUCUGUAUCUCUGAAACGGUCUCCAAAAAAGAAAAAGGCAGCUUCCUGCACAAGAGUGCCAAGCUAUUUUUCAGGCGGCGACAUCAACGAAAGGAGCCUGGAAUGAGCCAGUCCCACAAUGACCUUCAGUACUUGGAGCAUCCCGAGGCGGCCAUGAUGGGCGACAGGGAAAAGAGGACUGCCACCUUCAGGCGCACAAUCAACCGCAAGCUUCUACCCAAAAGCAAGAGCAAAGCCAACGGCACAGUGAGAGAACCGCCCACAUGAACUGCCCACUCCGUCGCCUUCAUCAAAACUAAAAGCUUAAUCUUUCGAACAUCCUCCCUAUCACAUUCACUCUAGUAACUUUACUGCAAGCCAUUGCUUGUUUCUGGGCCAUAUUUGCCAAAAAGUCUGCAAAGCAACAAUCACUCUCAUCAACUCCUUAUUAACACCAUCAUUCAGAUUUUCUGAAAACCUAUUCCAUUAUUCAGACAUCUCAGCUUGGUUCUUCUUGAUUAGCUCUAUGAAGUCCAUCUGACGGACGCUAGAUUCAUUUCUCCAUCUAUGUGGAGGGACAUUAGGGACACUUUCCCUACUUGACGGUUCUGUCCACACCUUUCACCUUCAUCUUUGAACUUUGUGCAUGUGUUUAUGCAAGAAAGUUUACAAAACAUCAUCCAAAUGAGCACUGGCUCUCUUCAUCACUCCAAAUGACUCGGUGUCAUUUAACCUUAUGCAAAUAUUGAUCUUCGUGCAAAUGAUUUUCUGCAUUUGUGGCCUUCUAACCAAAGCUGGAUUUGAGGACAACCCUUUCUCGCCAUCUUCCUGAGCUUCUGUAGCCUCUGGAAACCCUCUGGCGACAUGAUGGAUCCUGGAAUAUCAGACAAGGGAAAACCAUUGUUCUGCUUUGCACUUAUUUAUAUGCUCCGAACUCAUUCCAAAUGCACUUGCAGGGAUGUGCAGUGAAUUUUGUGGGGUUUGGAAGUGAACAUGCUUUAUAAAAAAUGAUGUGAAAGACCUCUCUUGAUGUGAAUUGAAAAUGAAAGUUAGUUGUUAGGGAGACAAAUCUGCAGUUCCACGAAUUUGACUGAAUAGUGAGAUUUAUUUUGAAAAAUAAACAUUUUCAAAUCGAGUAUAACGUUUAAAAUGUUCUGGUUUGGCACUGAUGUGUUCACUAUAAAACAGGUUUGGUGUUUUAGUCA